AAAGUUCCUAACACCAACUAAUGGUGUUACCAAGGGAAGUAUUAGGCAACAGGACAUGGAGAAGGAUCUCUCCUUAUUUCUGUUUGUGGCAUGAGACAUUGCAACAGUGUUUUUAUCCACUAUAACCAUACACAGAUGUUAAAAUUCCUUUCUUAUCUAGUACAUAAACACCAUUUUCGUGGAACUCAUUUCCAUGCAUCCACUUCCUACUGGACGUCUUUUGGUGGCCCUGCAGGAUCAUUCAGAGGGGUCUCUGGUGGUCCUAUUCACUGAGUGCUGUGAUAUUACAGCAGACCCUGCCUUGAACUUUUCCUUUAGCCAUAUGCUCUUGCUUCUUGUUACAGAACUUGUCCCAAAAACACUGUGGGCCUUCUUAUCACUUUCCCCAGUAAUCCCAGCCACAUUUAUCAUCCUGUGUCCACAUCUUUAUAUCCUUUUAUCUUCCUGCCCAGUGAGUCUUUAAGCAACUUCAGGGGAAGUGAUAAUGUUUAUUCUCUCUUAUUUAUCAAUCCCCUGCAAACCAGCCCAACCCUCCCUCUCCCUCUCUCACCAUUUCUGCUGCCCUCCUCCCCUGCACAUCUCUCUCCUCCCCACUGAAUCCUUCCUGCUGCAGGGAGCUGCUGAGGAAUUGCAUGGUCCAUUCCUGGAUUCUCCAAGCACUGACUCCCCAUCCACUCUGACCACAGCCAGGGCCACAUCCCACCGCCUGCCCAGCAUCCAUCCAUGGAGGUGAGCACCGUGUCCCCACCUGCCAUCUCACCGACCGACGGACCUGGUCAGUGUGAGACCAAUGUCUCCAACGUGGCCACAGACCUUGUGACGCUGCUCUUCGGUGUCUGUGGGCUGGUUGGGAACAGGGCUUUCCUCUGGCUCCUCCAAAUUAAUUCCAUCACCGACUUUGUGGCAUUCAACAAAGCCAGCAUUGACUUCCUCUUCCUCCUCUUCAUCGUUCCCUCCGCCCUGCUCUUCCUGCUGGCAGAGGUUUGCUGCUCUGCUAAAAUGCCCCCAAUGUAUCUGAGCUUACUGUCCCAGCUGUCACUGUUCACCUACACCAUGGGGCUCUACCAGCUGAUGUUCAUCAGCAUCGAGAGGUGCAGGUCCAUCCUCUGCCUGUUUUUCUGCACUGGGCAACGUUCUGAGCACCUGCGGUGGGUGGUGAUGAGUGCUGUGUUCUGGGCUUUGUUCUUUGUUGUCACCGCUGUCAAUCCCACAGUGACUUCCCUGUGCCAGUCACACGAGCAGGAGCAAUGCCAGGUGGCUCUCAUCUCCAGGUACGCCCUCAACCUUUUCCUAGUUGCUGUACCCCUGCUCAUUUCCAGCACAAUCCUCUUCAUUCAUUUCAAGCCCAGCUCCCAGCAGCAGCAAUACAAGAGGCUCGACAUCGUGAUUGUCCUCGUUGCACUCCUCAGUCUGCCCCUCAGUCUCUGCUCUUUCCUGCAGCAGCUCAGUUACACAGUUGUGCCCUCCCACACGGUUUUCCUGCUCACCUGCAUCACCAGCAGCAUCAAACCCUUCAUCUGCUUCUUGGUGGGGAGCUGGAAGAGAGACUGCUCCAUGGGGAGCUGCUGGAGACACUGCUCCAUGGAGAGCUUCAGGAGGCACUCCUCCAUGCAGUCCCUAAGGAUGACACUCCAGAGGGUGUUUGAAGAACCAAAAGAAAACACUGCCAGCAGUAAUGAUCCUGCCGUGGACACAGAGGCCUGAACCUGUUGAACCCUUCCACUGCGCUACUGAGAGACCCUGGGACAAUGGCUGAGAGAUUCCUUGAGUGACCUGAUCAAUAAAUCCCUACAGGAUCACCAUCCCUGUGCCCCCAUCAUAACCACACUGAGUCAUUAAAGUGUCUUUGUCAUCUAAUACAUAAACAUCACUUUCCUAGGACUCAUUUCCAUGCAUUCAACUCCUUCUCCAAGUCCUUUCCUGGUCCUGGAGGAUCGUUCACAGGGGGCUCUGGUGGUCACAUUCACUGUGUGCUGUGAUAUUAAAGGUGACCUUGCCUUGAACUUUUCCUUUGGCCAUGUGCUCUUGCUUCUUGUUACAGAACUUGCCCCAAAACACUGCAGGCCUCCUUAUCUGUUUCUGCACUGGCUCCAGCUGCAUUUAUCAUCCCGUGUUUUCCUGAGGAGCACAUUGGAGCUGGGCUUUCCUCCUCCCUCCUGGGUCCUAUAAACCCUAGAAACCUAUGCCCAGGAGGAACAGGGAGACCUCCAGGGGUCC